AUGGCUACCGACACUGCCAUUAACUUCCCCCUCUUUUAUCCUACUUUUAUUUACACUCUGGUGAUGUGCCUGACAAAAUGCACAUUUGAAAUGAAGCACCUGGCUUGUCUUGCUUGUCUUCUGCACCGUAUUGCCGCCUGUUGGGAUUGGGACCUUCCAGCUGCCGAUGCAUAUGACGAUCCUAUUGCCAGCGAUGACGGCGGUGCCCGAGGCGAUAAGGAUGACGAUACCCAUGGGGAUGUAUAA